AUGGCUGCUCUCGGCGAGGAUCUACUCACCACAGUCAACAAGCUGCAAGAUCUGGUCUUCAACACCAUUGGCAGUGACUCGCUUGAUCUGCCCCAGAUCGUUGUCGUUGGAUCCCAGUCAGCGGGAAAGUCGUCGGUGCUUGAAAACAUUGUUGGCCGAGACUUCCUACCACGAGGAAGCGGUAUCGUCACUCGCCGCCCCCUGAUCCUCCAGCUCAUCAACGUCCCCGACGAAGAGGGCGCCCCCGAUCCCGCCUCCGAUCCCUAUCGUUCCCCCGGUGCCGCCCGCCGCUCCGAGUGGGCAGAAUUCCAUCACAUCCCCAAUCGACGAUUCAACGACUUUUCCGAUGUCAAGCGAGAGAUCGAGAACGAGACGGCCCGGGUCGCCGGUAGCAACAAGGGCAUCAACAGACAGCCCAUCAACCUGAAGAUCUACUCUCCCUUCGUCCUCAACCUGACCUUGGUUGAUCUUCCCGGUUUGACAAAGGUCCCCAUCGGAGACCAGCCGACCGACAUCGAGAAGCAGACCCGAAACCUCAUUUCCGAAUAUAUUGCGAAGCCUAACAGUAUAAUCCUUGCCGUGUCUCCUGCGAACGUCGAUAUCGUCAACUCGGAAGCUCUGAAGUUGGCCCGACAUGUCGACCCUCUCGGCAGGAGGACCAUCGGUGUCCUCACCAAGGUUGACCUGAUGGAUCAUGGCACCAACGCCCUCGAUAUUCUCUCGGGUCGUGUCUACCCUUUGAAGCUUGGAUUCAUUGGCGCCGUCAACCGCUCCCAGCAGGAUAUCCUCGGAAGCAAGCCCAUGGAGGACGCUCUUCAGGCUGAGACCGACUUUUUCAAGCACCACCCUGCCUAUCGCAACAUUUCGAACCGAUGCGGUACCCAGUUCCUCGCAAAGACACUUAACACUACUUUGAUGGCUCACAUCCGGGAGCGAUUGCCCGACAUCAAGGCCCGACUCAAUACCCUCAUGGGCCAGACCCAGCAGGAGCUGGCUAGCUAUGGUGACAUGCACUUUAGCGGCAAGGAACAUCGCGGCUCUCUUAUCCUCCAACAAAUGACUCGCUUUGCCACCUCUUUCAUCUCCUCCAUCGAUGGUACCUCGACCGAGAUAUCGACCAAGGAGCUCUGCGGUGGUGCUCGUAUCUACUACAUCUUCAACUCUGUGUUCGGGAGCUCACUCGAUACCAUCGACCCCACCUGCAACCUUUCCGCCCUCGACAUUCGAACGGCAAUCCGAAACUCGACUGGUCCCCGACCCAGUCUCUUCGUCCCAGAGAUGGCCUUUGACCUACUGGUGAAGCCUCAGAUCAAGCUCCUGGAAAUUCCUAGUCAGCGUUGCGUUGAACUGGUCUACGAGGAGCUCAUCAAGAUAUGCCACACCUGCGGCUCAACAGAGCUCUCACGGUACCCGAGACUGCAAGCCAAGCUUAUCGAGACUGUCUCAGACCUCCUCCGCGAGAGGCUGGGCCCUGCUUCCUCCUAUGUCGAGUCCCUGAUUUCGAUCCAGCGCGCUUACAUCAACACCAACCACCCCAACUUCCUUGGCGCCGCUGCUGCCAUGAGCCAUGUCGUCAGCGCCAAGCAGGAGCGUGAGCGAAAAAGACUGAUACAGGAGGAGCGUGACCGCCGGGAGAAGCGACGAAUGAAAGAGCUCGAGGCCAACGGCGAUGGCCCUGAGAAUGAGGAUGGUGUUGUUGCACCUGGCGACAAGGCAGAGCCUGUUACCACCCGGACUAAGAUGACGAAACCUCCUCGCAGCCUGUCACCUCCUGCCAGGGAAAACGGUACUGGCAGUUUGGCAGCGGCAAUGGGCUCAACCACCAUGAACGGCAUCCGAUCAGCAUCGCCAGCUAGGUUCAACCAACAGCAAGGCCUGGGCGGUGCCAAAGACUCCUUCCUGAAUUACUUCUUUGGCAAGGAUGGGACGACCAUUGGUGGGCCUCUGCCUAGCCCGAUCAACGGGCGACAUAGCAGCCAGGUUUCUGAGAUCGGCUUCCCCGUUGUCCGCAGGGAGGAGAAGCGACCGUCCACCGCUCAAGAUGAUGACUAUGAUCGAACACAGAAGAGCUACGGCCUGGCUUCGCACCUCGGCGAAUCUAACGAGCCUGCCAUGACUGAACGCGAGGCCAUGGAGACAGAACUCAUCAGGGCCCUCAUCUCCUCGUACUUUAACAUCGUCCGCGAGUCCAUCGCUGACCAGGUCCCCAAGGCAGUCAUGCACCUGCUCGUGAACCACUGCAAGGACGUGGUCCAGAACCGAUUAGUGAGCGAGCUCUACAAGGAGACUCUCUUUGAGGAGCUCCUCUACGAGGAUGACACCGUCAAGAAGGAGCGUGAGAAGUGCGAGCGACUCCUCCAGACCUACCGGGAAGCUGCCAAGAUCAUUGGCGAGGUGCUGUAA